AUGUUUUAUAAACACAUCAUAGUAUUCGCGUUUGUGAUAACCUGUGCGACAUGGGUCUCGGGUGCAUCAUACGAAGAUAAAAGAUGCAAGUGUGUGUGCCCAAGUAUAGCAGCCGUCCUCAAUAAUACAGAGGGUUCAGAGUAUGACCGGAAGCUGUAUAUUGGCAAUGUGCCACCUAACAAAUGCAAUUGUGUUGGUGUAAUCCUGCCCCGGGUUGGUGAAAUUAUUAAAGGCAGGGAUCAAGAGUUUUGCCCACGAUGUGAAUGCAAGUACGAAAACAGAAAUACUACAAUUAUAAAGGUUGUAGUUAUCAUAGUGAUAUGGGUGAUAAUGCUUCUCGUAGCAUACAUGGGAUUCCUCAUCUGCCUUGACCCCCUCAUUAACAAGAGAGCAAAGGCCUCCUACCAAGAACACACCAACGAGGAUGACGAAAGCUCCAUUAGCGGAACAUCACAAACCAUGGCGUCUCGGGGCAACGUGCUGAAUCGUGUAACUCACCAGCAAGACAAAUGGAAGCGUCAGGUGAGGGAACAACGCCGUAACAUAUACGACCGCCACACUAUGCUAAACUAGUGUUAUUAGCCAAGCUGUUUAUCUUAUUAGGUUCCAGUUUAUAGGCCUUUAUUUUGAGAGUGGUUGGUUAUUCAAAACCUCAAACUAUAACGCCUUUAAUUAUAAACGUGGUACAAAAACUAAGCAGAUAAAAGAUCUGUUUCAACUAUGAAAAAAGCGCGCCUAUUAAUUAUGAAGUGGUUAUUAAAAAGGCGUCUUUCGCUAGCAUCUCAUUUUUGCAUAUUGUUUUUAGAAAUCUCAAGAAUGAAAUACACAUAUUUUAACAUAAUAUUAUAGCGGGUGAUGAAACUUUAUGUACCGCAUAUGUGGACACUUUAAUGGCAAUUUGGCACGCUCAAAACUAUUGUAUCUAAUAGAGCCAUUUCUUAAUAAUCCAUCAUUUACGUGGUAUAAAGUUGAAAAUGUCACAUUCUGGCAUAUAAGAGUGAUUUGAAAUGUGACAAAACAAAUAUGCGUUGCUGGAAAUCAAUUAAUAGGGAGAUCGACUGGUUCGUUUAGGGAUAAUUGCAUCGUUUAAAAAAAAAACUCAGCACAAGUUCCACGAAAACGAUUGAGAUAAGUUGUCUAGAUGAUGCCAGCAACAUUUGAUUUUCCCGCGAGAUUGUGCCUAUGGCAUUCUUCAUAAAGUAAGCUACAGACAAAUGCCAAAUUUUACUAUUUUUAUAAAUAACGUAUCAAAGAAAUCCUUAAAAAACUUCGAAUAAAAAUAUUAGUCAAUUCUUCGAAAACAAAACUGCGCUAUCAUAAUAAUUUGGAUGAGUAUCUAUGUUUAUACAAUUUUAUGAUUAGGACUCGGAUAUCAAGGGACUUCCUAAAAGCUGUUUUUAUUAUAAUUUAGGAUCGAAAGGUGGGGUGGGUAGGUGACAAGCGCGAUAAGAAAGCAUAAGUAAACUACUACUAGUUAACCUAAAUAGAAAUAAUGCUACAUUCUCCGUCACAUUAACUAUCGACUGAGGUUUGCGCGAAUAAAAUAACUGUUGGAACUUCAGUCACCCAUCAUUUGAAUGCUUCACUCAUGUAAGCACUGACAAUCGUAAAUUACCAUCCCAGGGCGCAGGACCUACUAAAGUUUUCCCUAAAUAUCUGCUUGAUUCCCUACGUCUUUAGACAUGCCAAUUCAAUUAUCUUUCGAGAUCUGUGUACAACAGAAUUGGCAACAUUUAUUAUGUUUAAUAUUAUUAAACCGGUAUAAAAAUAUUGAUCUGCUAAGUUGUCUUAAAUUGCAAUUGUUGGUAUGCCAAUUUUCCUAUCAAAAUUGAAGAAAUUAUUUAUUCAAUCUAUCAAUAGUUUGAGUGUCUCGUUUCACUUACCGCUCCCAAAAUAACAUCCUGUUUAGCUUAAGAGCCCAGUAAAUUACUUCUUAGGCUGUUAAAAAAUAACCCUCACAUAAAAA